AUGAAGCGUCUUGGCCUGCAAGAAAUUCCCUUGUCUCUUCCUAUGAUGGUUACUACCUCCAUGGAUGACGUGGUUGAGACACCGUUGAUUUGUGAAAAUUGUUCGCUCUCGAUGAAUGGUAGAAUUUUCCAGAUUGAUCUUAUUUGUUUACCACUUAAGAAGGUUGAUGUGGUUUUGGGGAUGGAUUGGAUCUCCGCCAAUUCGGUGUUUAUUGGAUGUGAAGAGAAGUUGAUUAUCAUUCCAUCUAGUGAAGCUACUCCAAAGGAUGUACUAACUACUAUCUUGGAAGGUACGGUUGGCAUGGUUAAUUUCUUAUUUGAGAAUGAAAAGUCAGUUCUCUUGGUUCUUACCAAGGAAUCUAGCGAUAAUCUGAGUGUUACGCAAAUUCCUAGCGUUUGUGAAUUUCCAAAAAUUUUCCCUGAGGAUGUCACCUCUCUUCCUCCUGAAAAGGAAGUGGAAUUCUCUAUGGAUCUGAUACCUGGGGCGGCUCCAAUCUCCAUUUCUGCGUAUCGCAUGGUGCCACUCAAGUUGAGAGAGUUGAAGAAUCAAUUGGAAGAGUUGUUAACCAAGCAUUUCAUCCGACCUAGUGUCUCACCAUGGGGAGCUCCAAUGUUAUUAGUAAAUAAGAAGGAUGGUAGUAUGUGGUUGUAUAUUGAUUAUCACCAGUUGAAUAAAGUUACCAUUAAGAACAAGUAUCCUCUGCCAAGGAUAGACGAUUUGUUAGAUCAGUUGAAAGGAGCCUGCAUGUUCUCGAAGAUUGAUCUACGAUCGAGCUAUCAUCAAAUAAGAGUUAAGAGUUCGGAUGUACCAAAGACCGCAUUUAGAACCCGAUAUGGCCAUUAUGAGUUCCUUGUAAUGUCGUUUGGUGUGAAGAAUGCUUCUGCUAUUUUCAUGGACUAUAUGAAUCAGAUAUUUCAACCUUACUUGGACCAGUUCCUGGUGAUCUUUAUUGAUGACAUUCUUAUUUAUUCUCGUACUCACCAAGAGCACAGAGAACACCUAAGUAUUGUUCUAUCCGUACUGCAAGAGAAGCAACUUUUUUCCAAGUUAAGUAAACGUGAAUUUUGGAUGAACGAAGUGAAGUUUCUUGGUCAUGUAAUAUCACAAGGAGGAGUGUCAGUGGAUCCAUCUAAAGUUGAAGCAGUCAUUAAUUGGGAAAGACCGAAGAAUGCUUCCGAAGUCAGGAGUUUCUUAGGUUUGGCAGGUUACUAUCGAAGGUUUAUAAAGGGGUUUUCGCAGAUAGCAUUACCAAUGACUAGACUUACCCGAAAGGAAAUUUCUUUUAAAUGGGAUUCAGGGUGUGAGAAGAGUUUUAUGAGUUUGAAGGAAAGGCUAACAACUGCUCCUGUUUUAGUCAUCCAUGAUCCUAGUAAGUCUUAUGAAGUAUUUUGUGAUGCCUCUAAGAAAGGAUUAGGAGGGGUGUUAAUGCAGAGUGGUCAGGUUGUAGCAUAUGCCUCUCGCCAGUUGAAGCCUCAUGAACAGAACUAUCUAACUCAUGAUCUUGAACUAGCUGCUGUUGUUUUUACAUUGAAGGACGGUGUGAUAAUAGGAAAUUUGAAUGUUAUUUCUAACCUAAGGAAAGAGAUCCGACAAGGACAAGUGAUAGAUGAAAAGUUGCAAGAGAUGUCGACUCAACCAGGUUUCGCUCAGUCACCGGAUGAGGUUAUUCUGUUUAAUCAAAGGAUUUGUGUUCCGAACGUUGCCGAGCUGAAAAGAAAAGUUUUGGAGGAAGCUCACAAAGGGGCGUUUACUGUAAAGAUUGAACAUCAGAAGCCAGGUGGUUUAUUGCGACCUUUAGAGAUUCCAGUUUGGAAAUGGGAUAAUAUUUCAAUGGAUUUUGCAGUGGGGUUACCUUGGACCCAAGGUGGUUAUGAUUCAAUUUGGGUGAUUGUGGAUCGGUUAACUAAGUCCGCGCACUUCUUGGCCGUGAAGACUACUUACAAGGCAAGUCACCUUGCACGGUUGUUCAUUUUAGAAAUUGUUAGGUUGCAUGGUGUUCCAACUAGCAUUGUGUCCGAUAGAGACCCAAAGUUUACUUCAAGUCAUCAUGCAAGUAUUGGGAUGGCUCCUUAUGAAGCCUUGUAUGGUUGGAAAUGUAGAACACCUCUAUGUUGGACGGAAGUUGGCGAAGAAAGGAUCUUAGGGUCAGAGAUUAUUCAAGAGACUACCAAAAAGAUACAGAUGGUCCGUGAUAAGAUGAAGAAAGCACAAGAUCGCCAAAAGAGCUAUGCGAAUCACAGGAGAAGACCAUUGGAAUUUGAUGAAGGUGAUCAUGUAUUUGUGAAGGUGACUUCGAGGUUGAGAUUGAAAGGACCGUUUAAGUCACGGAAGCUAAGUCCGAGAUACAUAGGACCAUACCAGAUUAUAGAGAGGAUUGGAGAAGUAGCCUACAGAUUAGCUUUAUCACCUUCUCUAUCAGAAAUGCAUGACGUUUUCCACGUAUCUCAACUUCGAAAGUUCAUUCCAGAUUCUCUUAAGCAUAUUCUUCCAGAUUCAAUAGAAGUAAAAGUAGAUCUGACUUUUGAACCUCUACCAAGUCGUAUUGCAGGACGAGAAGUUAAAAUAUUAAGGAAUAAGGAGAUUCCUCUUGUUAAGGUUUAG